AGUUGUGCUGGAGAUCCACUUCCAUGUUUUGUAGCUUAUGAGAGAGUGGCAACAGCGCGGCUUGAAGGCAGCAGUGGGAAUUUAGCAGAAAGACUAUGGCCGCCUCUCUGUCUCUGACUCAGCUGUCGAGUGGGAAUCCCAUUUACGACAAAUACUAUCGACAGGUUGAUCCCAGAGGCAGCGGGAGGGUGGCGGCAGCUGACGCCGCUCUGUUCCUGAAACGGUCGGGCCUGGCUGACCUGAUUUUGGGCAAGAUCUGGGAUCUGUCUGACUCUGAACGAAAGGGUUCCCUCAACAAACAGCAAUUUUUCAUCGCACUGCGCUUAGUGGCUUGUGCUCAGAAUGGCCUGGAGGUGGCACUCAAGAGCCUUAACGUGGCUGUUCCGCCCCCCAAAUUUCAGGACACAAGCAGCCCACUGUUAGCAGGGGGGUUAACCACUGAGCUUCCUUGGGUUGUCAAGCCUGAAGAGAAGUUGAAGUUUGACGCCAUCUUUGACAGCCUUGGUCCGGUUGGUGGGAUGCUAACAGGAGACAAAGUCAAGCCUGUCCUGCUCAACUCCAAACUGCCAGUUGACAUUUUGGGCCGGGUGUGGGAGCUCAGUGACAUCGAUAGGGAUGGCACAUUGGACAAAGACGAAUUCUCUGUGGCAAUGUAUCUGGUCUACAGAGCCCUGGAAGGAGAAAAUGUUCCCAUGUCUCUCCCGCCUCCCCUGGUUCCACCCUCCAAGAGGAAAAAAACCUCGGCGCCUCCUGUGAUGCCCUUGUUACCCUCGCCCCCCUCUGUGAAAGAGAGCCGCUCCUCCAAUACUGGAAGUAAGAUCAUGCCCCUCCCCACUAAACCCGCUCCAGCUCCUGCCCCAACGCCAGCAGCCGCCCCUUGGGUGGUGUCGCCGGCGGACAAAGCCAAAUAUGAUGAACUCUUCAGCAAAACGGACGGAGACAUGGACGGACUGGUGUCUGGACCUGAAGUCAGAGAUAUCUUUCUAAAAACGGGGCUGCCGUCUGCCACGCUUGCACGCAUCUGGGAGCUUUGUGACAUUGGCGACAUCGGAAAAUUGACCCGGGAGCAGUUCGCUCUGGCGCUCCAUCUGAUAAAUCAGAAGUUGACGAGAGGUGUGGACCCUCCGCAGAACCUUUCUCCGGAGAUGAUCCCCCCAUCUGAUAGGUUAAACAUCAAACAGAACAAUAUUGCCAACCUGGCAGCUGACUUCUCUGCAAUCAAGGAGCUGGACUCUCUUAGUAAUGAAAUUGUUGAACUACAAAGGGAGAAAACAACAGUGGAAGAAGAGAUCAAGGAGAAGGAAGAGGCCAUCAGCCAACGUAACAACGAGGUCCAGGACUUGCAAGGUGAGGUGGCGAGAGAGAAUGAGGUUCUCCAGCAGCUCCAGACCCAGCGCCAGAAGGUCCAGGAGGCCUUGGAGGAGCUGGACCAACAGAAGGGCUCGUUGGAGGAGCAGCUAGCCCACAUUCGCCAGCAGACGAGCCAAGAGAGCCAGCUGAUUACGUCGCUCCAAUCGGAACACGAAGAACAAGAACAGAGGAUAUGUCAGUACGAGGAGGAGCUGGUGCAGGCUCGUGAGGAGCUUCUGGCUCUGCAGGAGGAGAGCAAGAAGCUUCAGGAGAAGGUCCAAGCUGCACAGGAGCAACUCACACCUCUGCAGGAAUCUGUGAGAGACUCUUUCACACAAGUUGCACAGGUCCAAAACAAACUGAAGGACCUUCAGGUGGAGGAGAGGUCGAUGGCAGCCCAGCUGAGCUGGAAGAGAGCUCUGGAAGACGACUCUCCCGUCAUGGUCAACGGAUCGGCGGGACCCACGCCAGAGCUCCAACGCAGGGACCUCUUCCAGGAGAACCAAACUAAUGAGCUGAAGGUUGAAGAACCAGUUGCCUCUUUAAACACUCAGAAAGAACUCUUAGAACAAUCAGAGAAAGGCGUUAAAGAACAAAAAGAGGAGCAGGAAGACCGCCCCAAGACACCAGAAGAAGAAAAACCGAAACCCGAUGCUUUAGAUGACCUCUAUACGAGCUUUGCCUCGUCGGAGAUGUACACAAAUGCAUCGACGCUCCCAAAGCAACAAGAGAAAAUUGAACAAAAUAACUUUUCAACUGACGUCAUCUCAGAAGUCCAAGAUGAUGCAGCAGAGUCACUUAAAACAAGCCCACCAAAGGUUGGAUCACCAGAACCAGAGGUCAAAGAAGUUGCAGCCGCCUCUGAAGUCAUCCCAUCCUCAUUAUCAACGCAAGCGCUUGCCUCUCGCUCCACACCGGCCCCGACUGGCCAGCCCCCUCUGCCAGAGAUGGACUUCUUCCACUCGGACCCGUUUACAGAACAUGAUCCAUUCAAAGAUGACAUGUUUGGAAAAACGGAUGCUGCAGCCGAUCCAUUUGGAGGAGAUCCUUUCAAAGGGUCAGACCCCUUCGCUGCAGACGAUUUCUUCACUCAAACUACCAGCAGCCACUUUCCCUCAGACGACCCCUUUUCUGGCUCCGGCGACCCGUUCGGUACCACCGCUGAUGCGCCAGAGCCAGACCUGUUUGCGGCCAAAUGUAAAGAUACCGCUCCGGCAGAAGCGGACCCUUUCAACUCACAGCCCCCGAAUCAGACCAGCCCAGCCGCAGAUCCGUUCACCUCCACGGGAGACAGCACAGCUGAAUCGGACCCGUUUGCGCAAAAGUCGAAUGCCGCUUGUGAUGUGGAUCCAUUUGCUUCGCAGUACACGGGGAAAGAUCCAUUUAGCACCUCUCCGCCCAGUGCUGGUCUGGCAUUGAAGGACACCGCAGCAUCCAAUGACCCUUUUGCUCCAGGGGGUACCACCGUAAACGCCAGUUCGGACCCUGAUCCAUUUGCUGCUGUGUUUGGGAAUGAAUCGUUCGGAGGGGGCUUUGCAGAUUUCAGUGCCCUGGCAAAGUCAAACGGCGCCGAUCAGUUCGGCAUCAACAAUAAGAACUUGUUCCAAGGCGACAACCAGGCUGGCAACGCAGACGUUCCCCCCGCCCUCCCUCCCAAAACGGGUACACCGACCAGGCCGCCCCCGCCACCUCCAGGUAAGAGAUCCUCCCUCUCCAGAACAGAGUCCUCGGACUCCUUCCAACGGCGCGGCCAUCCCACCUCGGGAGAUUUUUCCUCCUCUUCCUCUUCCUCCUCCCUGCCCGCCAAGGAUCCCUCGGCCGACCCUUUCGCCCCUUCCUCCCCUCCUCGUCAACACGUCCAGGAAGCCGACCGCUUUGCCAGCUUUGACAAAUACCCAACGGAGGAAGACAUGAUCGAGUGGGCAAAACGGGAAAGCGAACGGGAGGAAAAAGAGCGUCUGGCCAGGCUCACUCAGCAGGAACAAGAAGACCUGGAAUUGGCCAUCGCUCUCAGCAAGUCUGAACUCUCCUGAAGGGCUUCACUCCCCACUCAAUGGCCCCCUCCUCCCGGCACAGCCACACGUGGCCUCUUCAGCACCAAAGUGGGGAGCCUGUAAGACUCUUGGUCCAAAACAAUGACCUCAAGAUGGUCUUGUCCAUCCUGUCAUGAAGACUGUGGUUAAAAGGACAAACAGGGCUUUCGAGAACUAUGUCCCUUUUUGAAUUUACUCCAGAAUGUAACUUAUUCUAAACCUGCACUCACAGCUUUAUUCACUAACCGAACCCACUACAGUCCAUUUCUCGCUCGUUUUGUGUAGAUUAGCAGCCAAAAAAAAAAAAAAAGCAUCCAACUGGAAUGUAGCAGCCAUAAUGACUGAAUGCGAUUUUAUCCCCCAAGCAGGUGUGAAGUGCAUGCCAGGUUCAUACUAAAAAGAGACUUCUGAAACCAUGCUUCACCUAAGAAAAGCAUGAAAUUAACUGCAUCUAAAUAAUGGUUGUGUUGUGAAAUGAACAUUAAGAUUCAAAACGAGUCUCUGUAUUUCCACAUGUAAACUAAAUGUAACACUUGAGAAACUUGUUUUUUUCGGAAUCUUUUUAAAUACUGUAAUAACUUGAAUUUUGAUUUAUUUUUUAAAGACUUCAGUUAAGGGUGCGCCUUGGCAGUAGUGACAUUUUGGUCAUGCUACUGAAGCCCCUUUGAGUCUGCGUUUGUUCAAAAGCGAUGGCAGACUUCACUUGAACACUGCUUUCCUAACUUUGUACAGCAAAAUGGAACAAAUAAAUGCAUAGUUCACUAAAUGUAAAUAAUUGUUCAGGGUUGUUUCU